AUGUGGAUUCAAGUACGAACAUUCGACGGUAAAAAGACCGUCAAAAUAGAAGGCUUGUCUAAAUUGACCAAAGUGGAAGAAUUGCGGGAGAGAAUUGAGGCCCCAUUUGAUGCCGACCCGAAACGACAGCAACUAUUUUAUCGCGGCAAACUUCUUGUAAAUGGUCACACGCUAUUUGAUUAUAAUGUUGGUCUUAAUGACCUCAUUCAGUUGAUGGUGCGUCCAAAACUGCCAGUUCCGCCAAAAGAAGAAAAUGCAAAAGAAUUGGAAUAUGAAAGCAGUGGAGAAGAAACUUCUUCAAAUUCUUCGGAUAAGGAAAAUACCAUUCCGCAAACCAGUGAUGCAUGGGCAUCAACCUCUAGUCAAGCAGAAGAUGACACCUCUGAAAGUACAUACAAGAUUGGUGACAUCUUGGAUGGAAGAGACAGCACAAUGGGUGCUUGGUUUGAGGCUAAAGUAAUUAAAAUCAUCCAACGCCCUCGUUGUACUGGUCGGAAGUUAACCGAGAACAGCCCUGUCACCCCAUUAAAGGAGAUGGACCCUUUAAAUUGUGACAAAGGACGCAAAGAAAUGGCCAAAGAAAAUAUGACGGAUCUGGAGAACAGAUUGCACUCUGGCCUCUCAAAAAUUGAAGACAAGCAAAUUGCUGCCAUGGAUGCGACAAAUAUGAAUUCUUUGGAUUCUAAAAGCAGCUCUGAGAAAAUAUCUGAAAAAACUCCAGUGGUUGAUGAGAACUGUAACCAAGUGGAGGUGUCUAUAGAUGACACCGAUGUUGAAUGCAAAGAGAAAUUGCUGGCUGGAGUUUCACCUACUGAUGACGGGUUCUUGUAUUCCACAAUUUUUGAUGGCUAUGAAGAUGAUGAUCCAGUGUUGUUAACCUCAAACCAACUACGGCCACGAGCACGACACAUCAUCAAAUUUAAAGACGUAAAAACAGGGCAAAAAGUAAUGGCCAAUUAUAACUAUGAUACUCCUGAAGAGAGAGGUUACUGGUAUGAUUGUAUUAUCACUGGCAAACGUGAUACUCGCACUAUCAAGGAAUUAUAUGCAACUGUAUUUAUUGGAUCUGACCUAACGCCAUUGGAAAAUUGUCAGCUUUUAUUUCGGGAUGAAAUCUUUGCAAUUGAGAUUCCUGGAACACAAAUGAAUGAAUCUGAAGCGGCAAAUAAUUCUGAAAUCUCUCCAGCCAAACGUGUAAAUAAACCAGAAUGUGAUUUCUGCAAAGAUAACCCCCGUCGCAAAUGUCGAGAAUGUGCCUGCUCUGUAUGUGGGGGUAAGAACAACCCUGAAAAACAGAUUUUGUGUGAUGAGUGUGACCUGGCUUAUCAUAUUGAUUGUCUCAAACCCCCUCUGAGCCAGAUACCAGAAGUAGAUGAAUGGUAUUGUCCCGAGUGCAAAGUAGAUGACGGUCAAGUUGUCAAGGCAGGUGAACGUUUAAAAGAAAGCAAAAAGAGAGCCAAAAUGCCUUCCGCCAAGAACACAACAACCAGAGAUUGGGGAAAAGGUAUGGCUUGUGUUGGUCGAACAAAGGAAUGUACCCUUGUUCCACCGGAUCAUUUUGGACCAGUUCCUGGAGUGGAUGUGGGUACCAUGUGGAAAUUCAGAGUUCAAGUUAGUGAAGCAGGUAUCCAUCGUCCACAUGUAGCAGGUAUCCAUGGUCGAGAAGAUGUCGGAGCCUUUUCCAUUGUGCUCUCUGGAGGUUAUGAAGAUGAUGUGGAUAAUGGCGAUGAUUUCACAUACACUGGCAGUGGAGGACGCGAUUUGUCAGGGAACAAAAGAACGGCUGAACAAUCAUGUGACCAGACCCUCACACGCUAUAACAAAGCUCUUGCCAGAAAUUGCAAUGCUGCUUUGGAUGAAAAGAAAGGUGCAGAAGCAAAGGAUUGGCGUGCAGGCAAGCCAGUUCGUGUUGUUCGUAAUUGUAAAGGGCGAAAGCAUUCUAAAUAUGCUCCUGAAGAAGGCAACCGUUAUGAUGGUAUUUACAAGAUUGUGAAAUACUGGCCUGAAAAGGGCAAGUCUGGCUUCCUGGUUUGGCGUUACCUUCUCCGUCGCGAUGACCCACAGUCUGCCCCUUGGACAGCUGCUGGCAAGAAAAGAUGCAAAGAACUUGGACUUCGAAUGCAGUACCCAGAAGGUUAUUUGGAAGCUCAGAACCAAAAAGAAGAAACUGAAUCUCCAUCUAAAGACAAUAAGAAAAGGAGGAAGUCAUUAACAGAUGAAUCUCCAAGUAAGAAACGACAAAAGGUGGCAGCUUACAAACCAACACCUCAGGUGUCCAAGUUAAUCAAAGAAGAUACUGUCAACAAGAAAUUAUGGAAUGAUGUCAUGGCAUCUGCCAAAGAGGGAUCCAAGGUAUUUCUAAACAAAGUCGAAGAAAUGUUCAUGUGUGUCUGCUGCCAGGAAUUGGUGUUUAAACCAAUAACUACAGAAUGUCACCACAACGUGUGCAAGUCCUGCCUUCAGAGGUCAUUCCGAGCUGAGAUUUACACGUGCCCUUCGUGCCGAGCAGAGCUUGGUAAAGACUACAGCAUGUCUUCCAACCAGAUAUUAUCAGAUAUUCUUUGCAAACUUUUUCCUGGCUAUGAGGCUGGACGGUCCUGA